CUUGUUCCACUUGCAAGGCAAGGAAAACAAAAUGUCAGUUUCGUUAUUACAACCUUAUUUUUUUAUGUCAAAGACAAAAAGCUACGCGCAAAUUCUCAUUGGAUCUCGGUUGUUCUUAACAGCGAUGGCUAUUCAUUUAAGUCUUCGGGUAGCACCACCAGAUCUUCAACAAGGUGGAAAUUCUCGUAUUUCGUAUGUACAUGUUCCUGCAGCUCGGAUGAGUAUAGUUAUUUAUAUCGCGACAGCUAUAAACAGUUCCUUGUUCCCAUUAACAAAACAUCCCCUUUUUCUUCGCUCUUCCGGAACCGGUACAGAAAUUGGUGCUUUUUCUACUUUGUUUACGUUAGUGACUGGGGGGUUUCGGGGAAGGCCUAUGUGGGGUACCUUUCGGGUGUGGGAUGCUCGUUUAACUUCUGUAUUCAUCUUGUUCCUUAUUUACCUGGGUGCACUGCGUUUUCAAAAGCUUCCUGUCGAACCGGCUCCUAUUUCAAUCCGUGCUGGACCGAUCGAUAUACCAAUAAUAAAGUCUCCAGUCAACUGGUGGAAUACAUCGCAUCAACCUGGGAGCAUUAGCCGAUCUGGUACAUCAAUACAUGUUCCUAUGCCCAUUCCAAUCUUGUCUAACUUUGCUAACUUCCCCUUCUCUACCCGUAUCUUGUUCGUUCUGGAAACACGUCUUCCUAUUCCAUCUUUUCCCGAAUCUCCCUUAACGGAAGAAAUAGAAGCUCGAGAAGGAAUACCACUAAAAACCUAG